AUGGAGUGGACAAAUACUACCAGCCUCGAGACCACCGACAAACCAGCAGACAAGAUGUCCUCCCUCACCGCCUCCAAGUCAAAAAGCAUUCUUGACCUUCCCGGCGGCAAGUAUCCCAACCUACAGCACGACUCAAUUACAGAUCUAGCCUACGCAUCGCUCCGCCUAGCCAGCACCUGCCGCACUAUCCGCUCCGAGUUCUGGCCCCUGUACUCGAAUCGCAAACCACCCCCCGGGUUCCAUGUUAGCAUGAGACUCGACCGCCUGCCCUCCUUCGUCGACACCUUCUUCCCCACGACCAUUACGCCGGACGCCAUCGUCAAGCCCACCCUUGUUAUCCGCGUCUCCACACCCAUUCUCUUUCUAAUUGCCGUUCUCCGCCAAUACCCCACCCUCGACAUCCACUUCUGGGACUCCCCCGUCCGCUGGGGAGCCGCCGACCUGAACGCUCUCGUGGAGAUCGUGCGGACGAACCCGGCAUGGGGCGAUUCCGAUCAGUUGUCCGCAUUCGCUGGAGUCGAGAUACACUCGCGGAUAGGCUUUAGAGAGUACGUGCCGUACCGGUGGCCUUACAUAUUGAAGCUGAGGGUUAUGCUGAAGGCCGAGGCGACAGCGGAGUGGUGGGACAAUAAGGCUGAGAAGAGACGGCGGGAGCAGGAGCUGAGGGAGCGGCUUGGCUUUGCGUCGGGCAAGUUUAGAGGUCUUGUGGUCCAUGUUAUGAGAGAUUGGGGAUCUGGCCCGACGUGUCCUUCUAUCUUGGGCUCCUUGUAA